AUUGUGACUGUAUGCCCCAUGGAGUUCCUAUACACUAGUAUGUUACGUGCCAUGGCCAAUGCACGUGUACGGACAGUACGGCCCGGUGAACGAGCUAACACGUAAUUAAUUGUGAACCUGAAUAUAUAUAUAUAUAUAUACGGGUAAUGACUUUGUACACUACGGUUCGUUUACUGUAUGCUUGUUGUGAAGUUGCGUUCCUACCAAUUUAAAGACACUUAUUUUUGUCACACCGGUAUGUAACAUGGGUCUGUACUAGUUCGGAACUACAGUACAGAGUUCGCUCUACUCGGAGGUGUCCUAGGCUAGGGAAUUCACACGACAAAGAUCCCUGCAUGCCCUGAUAAGACUCAGCAAGGAGAAAAAAUGUCGUUGCAAGUGGCUGUGGUAACGGGCGCAAACAAAGGCAUCGGUCUGGAAAUCGUGAGAUCACUAUGCCGCCAUUUUGGACAAGAUGGCGUCGUUUACCUGACGGCGCGCAAUGAAGGGCGUGGCCUAGCAGCCGUAGAGCUCCUUCAGAAAGAGGGACACAAUCCUAGGUUCCAUCUUCUUGACGUCACUGACCAGAGAAGUAUCGAUACACUAAGAGAUCACCUGGAGAAAGAACAUGGCGGACUCGAUGUGCUUAUCAACAAUGCUGGCAUUGGUACACCUAAGGAAAACAUUUCGCUGUACGAGAAGUCAUCACGGGUGAUGAACACGAACUUCUUUGGACUCCUGAACGUCUGUCGGAGUCUCUUUCCUUUGGUUCGUUCCUGCGGAAGGAUUGUGAAUAUGGCCAGCACGACAGGUUCCAUGGUGUUUAGGGGUCAAAUAAAUGAUGACGUAAGGAACAGAUUCAGACAGGUUAAAGAAGAGCAGGACGUUGCGGAUCUCAUGAAUGAAUUUCUAGAGUGCUGCAAAACUGAAUGCAACACGGAAAGGGGGUGGUGCGAGUGGUCUUAUGGAGUUGGUAAACUCGGUGUGAUCUUACUCUCCAAGAUUCAAGCUGAUAGAAUAUCACAGGAUGAUUCCAGGCACGGUAUACUACUCAACUCGUGUUGUCCUGGAUUCGUGCUUACCGACAUGACGUCAGACCUCCAGGACAACAACUUCGGAGGCAUCAGGGUUUCUACCGUAGAGGGCGCCGAUACCCCUGUUUUCCUUGCUCUGCUACCUUCCAAAGCAACGGAACCAAACGGAAAGUUCCUAUUAAGAAGGAAAGAAUAUGACUUUGUGAACACCGAUGUGUUAAUGCAGAUAUGAACAUUAGAUUUUAUAGAUCAUGGGGAAUUCAUGAUAAAACGCCUUAUUUACAAUAACUACUCCGAUAUGAAGGCUACUAUGUUUCUGGGGGGCGUUUCAUGAAAGGACUUGUCGGUCGUUUUAUCCGACAAGUCCCAUUUUAUCCGACAGUUACCAUAGGAACAUUGCCUCUCAGCUAUUCAAAAUCAUGGAAAGAUGUCAGAUCUGACAACUUGUCGGAUGAAAAUAUUGAUGAAACGCUUCCAAGGUUCAUAUGUCCUCGUUUUGUGCUCCAUCAUCUCAGUAUUUCUGUCAGUCUAUUGUGGGAUACCAGUCGAUGACCGUCAGCAUAGGGAGCGACGUCUGUUGACGUCUAAAGGCCACCACACACCUUGCGACUGUCUGCGACCCGAUUUUUUAAUUUUUAAUAAAACGUCGUUUACACAUUUGAUACGAAUUAUGUACGAGGAAAUUUUACUGUGCAAAGUCAUUAGCCAUCGUACAAUAUACUUGUUCAAAUUCAUAACUAUGUUUAUGACACUCUCCAUAUAUCUCAAUGAGGUCGAUAUAUUUGUAUUCUUGCAGUUAAUAUUUUUAACCUGAAAUAAACAAAUAUAUAUUCAAUCAUUUUCAGGAAAUGACAGAGUGCAUUUUGUUCCAAAAUCGGAUCGUAGACACAUUUGUACUGUGUGCACUGACCUCUAUACUCCUUGCAAUACACUGCAGGAACUCUGGUGUUGAUUUAACACCAGCCCGGAAUCUAUAUAUGUCCACACCGUAGAAGUGUCAAACAACACCAGUUUCGUUUUGGUCUAACACCAGAUAGGUGUUUAUACAACACCCAUGAAUAGUAAAACAGCAUCGGUUUGAUUCCAAACUGGUGUUGUUUCAAUACUUCUCUGGUGUGGACAUAUAUAGAUUCCGGGCUGGUGUUAAAUCAACACCGGAGUUUUUGCAGUGUAGCACCUCUUUAAAUGAAAGAGGAGAUAGAUAAGAUAUAUUCCCAAAUACGCACGUCGAUUUUAAUCUCAUGGGCAUGUCCCUGGUGAAAAAAAAACAGAAAACUUCUUAGCGAUCAGGAGAUUAUUUGGCAAGAGUUGUACGUGUGAUUGCCAUGUAUAUUGAAAUUUAGAAAAAAAGUAAACUAUAUAUUUAUACAGGUGAUUUUUUUUUUAUCACGUAAUAUUUUUCAUCCUUGUAUUUUUUCCUUUUCUUUUGUUUGCUCUUCCUCCUUUUUUAAUUAUACCUCUCUCCCUCUACCCCCCCCCCGUCUCUCUUUCUCUCUCUCUCUUGAUUACUUUUUUCCUUGAUCUCCUUUAAUUCUUGUUUAUAUGAGCCUAUUGUUUUGACAACCACACGCUUUGCUUUCCAAUACUUUGUUUUCCACUUCGCAUUACCAUGUCCUGGCGGAACCCAAAGGGGCGAACUAUUGGGUGACACGACAUUUGCUCCGGCGACAAUUGCUCCGGACUUUAUUUCGUCUAAAAUAUAGGGUUAGGUUAAAGGUUGCAAUGGAGUUUCAUGCUUGGUUUAGAGUUAUGUCUUGGAUAGUGUACAAUGUAAAUUCCAAGAUGAAAGUUGGUUAUUCCAUUAGUGUGUGGAAUUUAUAGCGGAGCAAAUAUCGCCGGAGCAAUAUGUCAUGGAACGAAAUAUUGAUAUUGCUCGUUAGCAAUAGCUACAUUGCUGUCAAUGCAAAUCAAUUUUUCUUCUCGGUACCUACGUGUGCAUGUGUUUUAAAAAUAAUUAAAAACAAAUGAUAUAUCAA